AUGACUUCUCCAGGCACAGACAGUUCAGGCAAGAGCCUGCAGUACCGGGUGGAUCAUCUGCUGAGCGCCGUAGAAAACGAACUGCAGGCGGGCAGCGAGAAGGGAGACCCCACCGAGAGAGAGCUGCGAGUCACUUUGGAGGACAGCGAACUAUGGCUGCGUUUCAAGGAACUCACCAACGAGAUGAUCGUGACCAAGAAUGGCAGGCGGAUGUUCCCGGUGCUGAAGGCCAGCGUGUCCGGCCUCGACCCCAACGCCAUGUACUCCUUCCUGCUGGACUUCGUGGCCGCCGACAACCACCGCUGGAAGUACGUGAACGGGGAGUGGGUGCCGGGCGGCAAGCCGGAGCCGCAGGCCCCGAGCUGCGUCUACAUCCACCCGGACUCGCCCAACUUUGGCGCGCAUUGGAUGAAGGCGCCCGUUUCCUUCAGCAAGGUCAAACUCACCAAUAAACUCAACGGCGGGGGACAGACUCAGUUUAUAGCUGUGACAGCUUACCAAAAUGAGGAGAUAACAGCUUUAAAAAUUAAGUAUAAUCCCUUUGCAAAAGCUUUUCUUGAUGCAAAAGAAAGAAGUGAUCACAAAGACAUGAUGGAUGAAGUGGGAGAUGGUCAACAGUCAGGGUAUUCACAAUUAGGUGGCUGGCUGAUUCCUGGAACUGGUCCUCUGUGCCCUCCUGCCAAUCCUCACUCUCAGUUUGGAGCAUCUCUGUCACUCUCACCUGCGCACAGUUGUGAAAGGUACUCAUCGCUGAGGAAUCACCGUCCUGCUCCUUACCCAAAUCCCUACACUCACAGGAACAAUUCUCCAACAGCCUAUGGUGACAGUUCUUCAGCCUGCCUCUCUAUGCUGCAGUCCCAUGACAACUGGUCCACUCUAGGAGUUCCGUCCCCAACCAGUAUGCUGCCCAUGAGUCACAGCUCUGGCCCACCAACUAGUUCCAGCCAGUAUCCCAACUUGUGGUCUGUGAGCAACAGCACCAUCUCACCUGUAUCACAGUCAGGUGGGAUGUCUAACGGGAUAGGAGCCCAGUUUUUGCGAGGUUCUACAACCCACUACCCCACCCUUCCUCAUUCAGUCACCACCACUUCCUCCGGCUCUCCCUUGUAUGACAGUGGGACACCUACAGACAUUGCUGACAGCCAGUAUGACACUUCUGUGCAUGCUAGACUUGCAUCCACGUGGACUCCAGUCACAACUCCUUCAAUGUAG